UCCCACAGUCUCACUCUCUCUCAUCGCUCCCGCUCUCUCGCCAGAAGAAGAGACGCCUCAUUGUACAUACCAGACUGCUGAAGAAGAGAUUGACCUCUACCUUGGGGAUGGUGGAAGUGUGGUGGUCCCUUUUAGCUGCUAUCCCUGCAGUGGUUGCAGGACAAGCAUUUCGAGUGAAGAAAAGACGUGAUGAAGAGCAGAAAUUAAAGAGUGCUAGAGGAAGGGAGAAGAGUUCUGAUGAGAUUUUUGUCUGCGAGAGGGUAUGCACAUCUAAGAGGAUGCUGAAGAAAGUUGGUGCAUUCUCAAAGGACCCAAUUCCUGAUACUUGUGUUACUGUGUGCGGUGUUUCUGAGCUUGACGCAUGCGCUGAUGCAUGUGCACGGACUGUUUGUGUAAACCAACAUCAAUUACCAAACUGGAAUGACAUCUGCCUCCGAAGAUGCCAGAGUGAGUGUUUGAAACUCUCUUCUUCGACUUCUAACUAGUACAUUUUCUUUCAAUUUAAAUGAAAAAUAUGUAUCAAAAUUGGUUUGAUGUAGUAUUUGUUACUCACAUUUUCUGACAUCUCUUCUAGAUUAUGGUUGUGAUUGAUUUUGAGUGUAAGCUCACAAGUCAGAAGCAUGGACUAUUAUGCUUGACUGCUAUUGUAGAACCUCUAUGAACUUCAAGCUUUAAGCUCUAGGAAAGUACCUUAGUGGACAAUAGAUGAAAACUGUACUAAAACUAAAAGAUCACAGAAGUAAACAACAUAUUAAAUUCUCUUUUGCUUGGUGAAA